UUAGUGAUGAUGCUCUUAGCAUUCUUACUAAUGAUUGUGUCAUUGGUGUCAGUCAAGAUCCUCUUGGUAUUCAAGGAAACAGGACAAAGCAGGAUGGUACUAGUGAAGUAUGGCAAGUACCACUGAAGAAUGGUACAAGAGUAGCACUAGCAGUCAAUAGAGGAGACUCAGCUACUGACAUUACUAUACAAUGGACUGAUAUUGGGUUCCCUAGCUCUGCUUCUGCUAAUGUGUUUGAUUUAUGGGAUGGUAGUAAGAUGAUUGGUAAGUUCACUGGAUCAGUUACAGCUAAAGCAAUACCAAGUCAUGGAGUGGCUAUGUAUCGUGUGGAGCCAGUCUCUAAAUAACUAAAACAAUGAACAUUGCUGCUAUUAUUUUUAUCGCUAUCAUUGCUAUUACAGAGCUGAUGCUGCUUGCUUUUCAUCAAAAUUAAUUCUAUACUGUCUCACACCCCCUUCAAAUCCAAAAUAAAAUUUGUUAUAAAAAUGGCUGCAGCUUUGGUAAGGCCAAGUUGCACUGUUACAAACGACUCCUCGAAAUUCAUCACUCCACCAAUAAGGAGAGACGGCAUACAGUACAAUCAGAUCUACUACACGAGACUCCACGAAAUGAAGGACGUGAGUAUGAAAUCAGCUCAAAGGAAAUGGGGGAGUGAUACUGUGUUCAGAAAUCUGAAAGAUCUUGAGCCAGGACUUGCAUGUGUUGUGAUUGGGACACUCUUCAAGGAAAUGAGUCUAAGACCUUCAACUAUAAAACAAAUCAGUGACAACCAACGACUAUUGCCGUAUCCUCCAAAAGGGAAACUGUCUUCUAGUACUGAUAAAAUAUUCCUUGAGGAUUAUUCGCAACGUGUCAUUCUCUCUAAUCUUAGUGACAACACUGCACUAACCACAGGUAUGAUAGUUGCUGUUAAAGGAGUACAAAAUGCUGACGGGAAUUUCGAAGUAUCCGAUUACUGUCUACCAGGGAUGCCGCUAAAAAAUGAUCCUUUACCUUCACUGAAUAAUGACAGGUAUGUUGCGAUUGUGUCAGGAUUGAUGGUUGGAUCUGAUUGGUCAGAUCAAUGGGCUAUACAGCAAUUGGUGGAUUAUUUAACAGGACAGCUGGGCGGAGUCCAUGACAAUGAUAUGCUUUCUAAUAUAGUUAAGGUUAUAAUUGCAGGAAACUCCAUUGGAAGUGUUCAGAGCAACAAAUCAAGUGAUAAAGUUAAAUAUUCAGCAAAGAAUUAUUGUGCACACUCAAUACAGUCAGUGGAAGAACUAGACGUAACAUUAUCCCAGUUAUCGAGCAGUGUCCCUGUAGCUCUCAUGCCUGGGACUUACGACCCUGCCAACAAACAGUUACCACAGCAACCAUUACAUCACUGCAUGUUUCCCAAGUCGGCAAAAUAUGACAAUUUUAAAAGCGUCACUAACCCGUACUCCUGUACAAUAGAAGGACACAAGUUUAUUGGUACCUGUGGUGAGAAUAUUGAGAGCAUGAGUUGCUGUACUAUUGGAAUGGACAGUUUAGAAUUACUGGAACUGACUUUAAUGUCAUCACACGUUGCACCAACUGCUCCUGAUAUACUAUGUUGCUAUCCAUUCUCCAAUGCUGAUCCUUUUAUAAUGGACGACUGCCCUCAUGUUUAUUUCGCUGGAAAUCAACCAAAAUUCCAAUCAAAAUUAGUAACAGGUGAUGAUGGUCAGAAGGUUCUGCUGAUUUGUGUCCCGUCCUUCAAUUCAACCCAUAGUUUGGCAUUAAUUAACUUGAGGACUCUCGCCUGCACUCCAUUGACAUUCGCCACGACGGCAACACGUUUGAUAGAAAAUAAAGAUACUCAAAAUAACAUUGAAACUGAAAACGUGCUAAUGACCGAAACAAUAUCAGACAUAGACGAUGAAGAUUACUAAAGAUUUACUAAAGAUUACUAACAUAUAUUAAAACAUUAUGACAGAUAUAGGGAUACUAGAUCUACUAAAAACGUCUACGUAAUUUAUAAUAAUAAUAAUAAUAAUAAUAUUAUUAUUAUUAAUAUUGUUGUUGUUGUUGUACUUAUUAAAAUAAAGCGUAAGGAUUGUGGACUGAUAUUUGAGAUAAAA